CGAAAACACGCAAUAUAUUUUUGAUAAAAUAUAUUCAUAUAUACUUACAUUCGUAUAUUUGCCAAUAUAGAUAUAUGAGAGUGAAUUAAUACAAUAAAUAUUAAUUAUUUUUAUACUUUAAAAUUACUUGUUGUUUUAUAGUAGACUAAUGUUUGUUCUUGCGGAAUUGAAAGACACAGUUAGGAUUCCACCAGUGGAAUUCAAGCAAAAAUUGAACGAUGCUAUUACAGAUGAACUUAAUAGAAAGUUAGCUAAUAAGGUUUAUCUUAAUGUUGGCCUUUGUAUUGCUCUUCAUGACAUUACGAAAAUUGAAGAAUCAUAUAUUUUUCCCGGCGAUGGUGCAUCUCAUACCAAAGUAGUAUUUCGUUAUAUUGUAUUCCGUCCAUUUAUGGAGGAAAUAUUAAUAGGAAAAAUACGUAGUUGUAGCAUUGAUGGUGUCCAUGUAACAUUAGGAUUUUUUGAAGAUAUUGUGAUUCCACCUCACAAAUUGCAACAUCCAUCAAGAUUUGAUCAAAUGGAACAAGCAUGGGUAUGGGAAUAUGAUACAGGAGAUGGUGAAAAACAUGAUUUAUUUAUGGAUGCAGGAGAAAUUAUACGAUUCAGAGUAGUAAGUGAAACAUUUACAGAAGCCUUACCUACAGGACCAAAUAUAUCUGGGGAGACUGAAACAUCAGAAGCUAAAAAUAUAUCUCCAUAUACUUUAGGAGGUGCUAUUGAUGAACCAGGUCUUGGAUUGCUUACAUGGUGGGAAAAUACUUAAGAAUACAAAAAUAAAUUCAGAUCAAUAAAUUUUUAUUCACAGCACAUUCCAUCAUGUUAUUAUAUAUCACUCUUAUAAUCCGUGAUUCGAACCUCAUGCAAUCAGAUCUCAGAUAGAAUUUCGACUGUGCGAAUAUAUUUAUAUAUUUAGUUUUGAUUGGUAACAGAAUCAUUAAUUGUAUAUUUGUACAGUAUAUACAAAGACUUUAUGUGCUAAACAUAUUAAUAACACGCAAAAAAUAAUUUCAGUUUGAGAUUAGAAAUAGAAGUCGAGGUCAUGUUGAACUGUUACACAGAAAUUAUUUGGUAGUGCAAGUCUCAACAUAAAAAAUAUUGCACUUAUUUAAUUACAAUAGUGGCGAAUAAUUCCCUUCUGAUAUCUUAUGUGCUGACAUGGAAUAGAUGCAUAGUAUUUGUCUGACACUGAUUCAUUUUAAAUAACCAUCGAAAUAGAUAAACACGUAAAACACGUUUUUUUUUUUUUCUAUAUUGCGAUAUAUUAUUACAUUUAAUGAAAAAACAUUUGAAAACUUAGCUAGAUGUAAGCCUUAAAUGUAGGAAACAUUAACAUUAUUUGACAGCAGAAUAUACAUAGGUAAAAUAUAAGUUAAAAACUUUUCUUUUCUUCUAGACAAUACAUAUAUGUGCAAUGAUUUUUUGUCUUUUUUCUCUUUUUUCUUUCAUUCAUUUAUUUAGCAAAUACAUCGUCGAAUAAAUCA